UAUGUUUUUCUCUUUUGUCCUUUCACAGAACUCCAACAUGGAAGCUGUGUCCUGCAAUAACUCAGAUGAACCUCCAACUUCCGCUGUUCUCUUGGACACCUGCCACUUCUCUCAGGUCAUCUUUACAAAUGUGGAGAAAUUCUACAUUCCUGGAGCAGAUAUAACUUGUCAUUAUAACCUUUCCCAGCAGAUCACACCACGCAGGAAGGACUGGGUGGGCAUAUUCAGGGUGGGAUGGAAGACAACUCGUGAAUAUUACACCUUCAUGUGGGCACCUUUACCAAGCAUCCCCAACAGCAGUGGUGCUGAAUUUCAACAGGUGCUUUUCAAAGCUUACUACCUCCCCAAGGAUGAUGAAUAUUAUCAGUUUUGUUAUGUUGACCAGGAUGGGCAAGUCCGUGGUGCCAGUGUUCCUUUUCAGUUCCGUGCAGAGGCUGAGGAUGACAUGCUGGUGGUUACUACACAGGGAGAAGUGGAGGAGAUAGAGCAGAAAAAUACAGCUUUACUUCAUGAAAACCAGAAACUGAAAGAAAAACAAGUCAGCCUCCAGAAUCAGAAUAAAGAUCUGCAGGAAAAACUCAGGGUUGCAGAGGGAGAAGUGGAGGAGAUUAAGCAACAAAAUACAACUUACUUCUAUGAAAACCAAAAACUGAAAGAGAAACAAGUGAAUCUCCAGGAGCAGAAUAAAGAUCUGCAGGAAAAAUUAAGGGUUGCAGAGGAAGAGAAAAGGGAAUUUGAGAAUAAAGUGUGUUUGCUGCAGACUGGGACUAUGGAGCUUCAGAGAGCUCAGGAUCGACAAGCUUUAGAGAUAACUUCUGCUCAGGCUGAGCUGGCUGCUGUUGUGGAACAUAAGAUCAAACUGCAAAAGGAAAAGGAGGAUCUUGAAAGAAUUAUGGGUAAUUUAAGGAUUAGUAACGAGAAACUUGAUGUGGAAGUUAAUCGUUUAAAAAAGCAGAUUACUCUUCUGGAAACACAGAGCAGCUCUACAGAGACGGAACUGUGCCAGGUCAAAGAAGAGAGAAAAAAUAUGUUGACUGAACAGGAACAGCUGGAAAAGAAGCUGAAAACCACUCUGAAUCAUAUGGAUCAGCUCCAGUCACAGGUACAGAGUCAACAGAAGGAAUUGGAAGACCUGCAGCGGAAAGGUCAAAACAAAACAAGACACCUGGAGCAACUGAAGGAAGAGAAUCGCCAAUUAAAUGCCAACUAUUUCAGAGAACAAAAUUUGGAGGAGGAAUUGAAAGAGAAAACACUAUUACUUCAGACCCUGCAGAAGGAAAUCAAUGAAAAGGAGAAGGAGAAUCAGUGUUUAAGGCGGGAAAAUGAAGGACUGAUGGCACAUCUUCCUGAAAUGAUAGAUGAUGCAUCUGCUGGGCUCCUAACCCAGUCACCAGAAAAUACAGAUCUUUUAUAUGGGAAUCCAUAUUUUGCAUGCCCAGAGAUUCCUGAUGCAGACUUGGUCUCUGUGAAAGAAUGCCCUGUGUGCAAUGAAGUCUUCCCUAAUGAAGACGAAGAGCAGCAGUAUGCUGAUCAUGUACGGAGCCACCUCCUGGACUGCCCAUAUUGUUGCGAGACCUUUGACAAAUCCAACAAACAAGUUUAUGAUGACCAUGUCUACUGCCAUGGCUUAGACAAGUGUCUUUAAGCUGUAAGGUGUUAUAUCAAUGUUUUCCCUUUUCUCUUUGUAUGAUCUGGGAGUAGGAUGGAUAUGUUGCUGUUAGACUUAAUUUGCCAGGGUGAAACUUGUUGUUGGACUUGUAGCAUUAAUAAAUUCCUCCCUUGUGUUAUAUAACAUAUUCAAUUAAAUAUGCACUUUGCUUGUCUUGGGAAGGCAUACCGAUUUUUUUUAUCUUAUGAUGCCCUUCAACAGGUUAAAUCUUGGUACAGGUUAUUUUGAAGAGAGGUGGUGCUUUCCCCUUGUGCAUUGUACUAAUACAUGUUUUCCUCCAUGUUUUUCACACGUAGAAUCUCUCAAGCAUAAUCUAUUUGUUCUGUAAUAUAGUUUGUCUAGUUGUGUAAAUAAUAGAAGCCUAAUUCAAGCUAAGAAAGGGAAUAAUAAUGAAACAAACUACAGGUGUGGUGGCACCUCGAUUAUUUUCUGUAUGGAUGUAAGAAUGUCUGCGUGUCCACCUGUGUUGCAUCAUAUGUUAAAGAACAGGGGAGUAAUGGACUUGAUUUUGCUUGCAGUUCUCAGCCUUCUCUAACCUGGCACCUUAUGGGCUACAACGCCCAUCAUCUCCAUGCAACAUGUGUUGCAGUCUGAUACUUCUAGACAGCAGUGGUUCCCAACCUUUCAUCCUCCAGAUGUUUUGAACUUCAGUUCCCCAAAUUCCUGACAGUUGGCCAAGUUGGCUGGAGCCUCUAAGAUCUGAAGUCCAAAACAAAUGGAAGACCAAAAGUUGGGAACUUGUUGUUCUAGAAAGCAGGUGGUUAUGGAGAGGUGAUCUUGGCAUAAAUAGUAUGUUCAGGAUCUCCCUGUGAUUGGUCUUUAAGUGGCCUGGUCUAUUGCUCUGGUCAACAACGGUUUUCCAGUAAGGACAUUCUGAAAAGGGAAAAAUAGGUGAUGUUGAGACCAAAGCUGCCAUGGCUAAAUGCUAUGGAAUUCUGGGAUUUGUAGUUUUGUGGGACACUUGCCCUUCUCUGUCAGGUCUGAUGCUACAGCAAACUACAGUGCUCAGAAUUCCAUGGCAUUGAUCCAUGGCAGUUAAAGUGGUGUCAACUUGGAUUAUUUCUGCAGUUCAGCAUAAAUUGCUUCCAGUUGUAUGCUUUUGCCACACUGUAAGGCAACAGCAAUUUCCUUAGCUACUUAGAAAUUUCUCAUUUAAGCAGCUCAUGAGAUAGAAAACUCAGGUCUUAGAACCAGUUUUGUUAAAACGAAACCAAAAAUAUUUGCUCCUUUUAUUGUAUUCACUGCCGCUGAAUGCUGAUAGGUAACUCAGGAAUCAAAGUAAUCACAUAAUGAAUGGAUAUCUUUAUAUACCCUGUGAGCUUUUUAAUGCUGCUUUGGAAGUGGCAAGGCUAAAUCCAAGCUUUGAUUCAGCAGAUCUUCAUGAUGGUAAGAACUGAACAGGUGUAUAGAAUUCUUGCACUGCUUCUUGAAAAAUACUGUUUUAAAAAGUUUUUAUUUGAUGUUAAUAGCAUAUGUUCUCCUAUGCAAGACCAAAUGCUGUAAUAAUGGUCAGCUACCUACAGGUAUUUUAACUCUGUCUUAAUUACUGACAAAUACCCAAUGCUGCAGGUGGAGGCAUCUAUUUUAGGUAUAAUGGCAUCCUGUUUUUAAUUAUAUUUGAUAUUACCUUUUAAACAGAUGGUCUGUUAAAAUCUCCUACUCGUGAAAAUCUAAAAGUUGUAUUUACUGACUGUCUACACUUAAUUUUAAAUAAAUUGACUCAAGUGGUCCUUUUAUUUGAA